AAAAAGUUUUUUAAAAAAAAGUUCCGAAGAUCAGCUGUGCGAUGCACGAUCACUGGAACUUUUUUUUUCUUUUUAAAGCAUUUUUCACUACCAGUUCGGGCGAACUGGCCCGAACUGGUAGCAUUUCACCCCUGUUACAGAGUAUCCCUUGUCCUUGUGUGUUCAGGCUCCUAGGCAGCCCCCCUUAUCUACAGAGCAGGAUGUUCCUGUUGUAAACUGCCCUGAGUCCUUCGGGAGAUAGGGCGGUAUAAAAAUUUGAUUAAAUAAAAUAAAUAAAAUAAAUAAAUAAAUAACCAACUCCAAGGAUGUGCCUAGCUAGUUCUGAAGCAAAUUACAGAAGCGAGAAAAGGACACAAUUUUCUUACAGAGUGAAUUCCUAACAAAUGCUUCCUAACCAUAGCAAAGUGUUUCCCUGAAAAUAAGACCGGGUCUUAUAUUAAUUUUUGCUCCAAAAGAUGCAUUAGGGAUUAUUUUCUGGUUAGGACUUAUUUUGGGGGAAAUACGGUACUAAAUGCAUCCAUCUGGCUGACAAUCUUAACUGGGGCUUAUUUUGGGGGUAGGGCUUAUAUUACCAGCAUCCUGAAAAAUCAUGCUAGGACUUAUUUUCCGGUUGGCUCUUAUUUUCGGGAAAACAGGGUAGUACAAGCAAAUUCUUUAACAGAAGCAAAGAGCAAAGGUUAGAUUGAUUUGUGUCAAUAUGUACUUUCAGAAUAAAAACAAGAAAAACAACAAAGUCCCAAUCCCAGCUGCAGCUUUGAACGUGCAAUUAUCCAAUCUUAUCCCAGCAUUGAGGGGAAUAAACUUCCCCUUUGGCUUUUUGCUAGCAGCAAAGAAAGGAGGAAGGGAGCAUAUUCUUUGCUUUGAAUAUGGCUGUUUUCAGCUGGCUGAUCGUUCUCCUUUCCUUCUUAUUCUUCUGGUUUUGGAAAAACAAACGUCCCAAAGGUUUUCCCCCUGGGCCAUGGAGGCUGCCUCUGCUUGGGAAUCUACUUCAGUUCAAUAUGAGAGACCCUCUGAAGGGCUUGGAUCAGUUUGCAAAAAAAUAUGGUCCUGUCUUCUCUGUUUAUGUGGGAAGCAAACCUGUAGUUGUAACUCAUGGAUUUCCUUCCGCAAAAGAGGUCUUCAUGACAAAAGGCACAGAAUUUGCUGGGAGAUCAGACUUUUACAUUGUCGAUUUUACCACUAAGAAAAAAGGCAUAAUCUCACAGCCUUAUGGUGAAGUGUGGAAGGAGCAAAGGAGGUUUUCGCUGAUGCUUUUCAGAAACUUUGGCGUGGGAAAAAAUCUGAUGGAAGAAAGGAUCCUGGAAGAAGCAUCUUAUUUGAUUCAGGCUUUUACCGAGAACAUGAGGGUACCUUUUGAUCCUUAUGAGUUCAUCGACAGUGCGGCCGCCAACAUACUUUCCACCAUACUAUUUGGGAAACGUUUUGAAUAUGACAGCAACUACCUGAGAAGCCUGCUGGACCUGAUCCAUCAAAAUGUCAGACUGCCAGCAGGACCCUGGGCCUUGCUUUACAAUGCUGUGCCUUUGGUGAGAAAACUUCCCCUGCCCCAUCAGAAAAUCUUAACAAAUGCACAACAAACAUUUGCUUUGUUUGAAGAAGAAAUGGAGGAACACAAGGCAACCUUGACUCCUGGAGAACCUCGGGAUUUCAUUGAUGCAUAUUUAGAAGAAAUUCAGAAGCCGGAGAGAAAAGGUUCAAGUUUUGAAGAAGAGCAACUACGAGUCUUAUUGUUUGACCUACUCAUUGCUGGGACAGAGACAACAUCAGGAACACUGCAGUGGGCCUUCCUCUAUUUGGUGGCCUUUCCAGAGAUCCAAGAGAAAUGCUGGAAGGAAAUAGAUACAGUUCUGGGAAACAUGGCAAGACUGAAAUAUGAGGAUCGUGUAAGGUUGCCCUACACAAAUGCCGUCAUUCAUGAAAUCCAACGCAUAUCAAGUAUAGUUCCUCUUGGAAUAGCUCGUAAAACUAUUAAUGAUGUGCAACUUUUUGGAUACAAAAUUCCCAAGGACACCAUGGUUUUGAUCAAUAUCCAGUCUGCCCAUCACGAUGAAUCUCAGUGGAAGUUCCCACAUGAGUUCAACCCCUCCAACUUCCUGAAUGAAGAGGGAGACUUUGUGAAGCCGGAAGCCUUCUUGCCAUUUUCAGCAGGACCGAGAAUCUGCUUUGGGGAAAGCUUGGCACGGAUGGAGCUCUUCCUCCUCUUCACCAGCAUUGUCAGAAAUUUCCAGUUAUUGUGGCCAGAUAAAUCCCAAGCUCCAGAUUUCACACCACACUUUGCGGUUACCCAAUCCCCAUCCAGCUUCAAGGUGUUGCUGAAAUGCCGCCAGCUAAGUGGGUAGAUCGAAGUGAGGAUCUGCAAGGCCACUGAUUCAAGACCAUCCCAUUGUCUCCAACAGUGGUGGUCUUCUCUAUUUCAAAUUCACCACAAGAUCAUUUUCUAAAGAACAUAAAUAAAGGGUUAUCUUAUGCCACAUUUUCCAGUGGGUGAUGAGUGGAUGAUUAACACAUUUUUGGCUCAGUCUUUGUUAACAGUAAUGGCUCAUACCCAACAUUCCCCAAUCGUACCAACAAUGAGUACAACAACCUAACACAUAUAGAUUUCACAGAAGAUAAUGUUGAAAAAGCUCUUCACAAACUGAAACCAUCCCUAUCUAUUGGAACAGAUGGACUAUGUGCAUAUUUCUUAAAAAAGCUUUCCACUAAUAUAGCAGAACCCCUAAGCAUAAUCUUUGACAAAGCUUUCACUACCAGUUCCCUUCCCAAACUUUGGUCACUAACCACAUUCAUCCCUGUCUUCAAAAAAGGAGACCCCAGCCUAGCUGAAAAUUACAGACCAAUCUCUCUAUGCUGCGUCACUUGCAAAGUAAUGGAAUCUAUCAUCAACCAAUCCAUUACCCUCUACCUAGAAACAAACAACCUACUCUCUUAACAAACAAUUUGGUUUCAGAAAAAAAUUAUCAUGUAAUUUACAACUUCUUCACUGCAAAAACUAUGGACUACAAAUCUUGAUCAGGGCAAAGCAAUAGAUGCAAUCUACAUAGACCUCUGUAAAGCUUUUGACUUAGUGGUACAUGACAAACUUCUCCUCAAACUAAAAUUCUACGGCAUCUCUGGACCCCUCCACAAUUGGAUAACAGCUUUCCUGUCAAACAGACAACAAGUGGUCAAAAUUGGCAAUGCUCUAACAAACCCUGUUCCUGUCAAAAGUGGCAUUCUCCAAGGCAGUGUUCUUGGAUCAACACUCUUCAUAUUAUAAAUUAAUGAUUUCUGUGACCAUAUUACAAGUAAUUGUGUUCUCUUUGCUGACAAUGUCAAACUAUUUAACACCACCAACAAUACAGCUACCCUUCAAAAAGACCUUGACUUUGUAUCCGAUUGGUCUAAAACUUGGCAACUCUAAAUCUCAACCAGCAAAUGCUCAGUCUUACAUUUUGGAAAAAAGAACCUAAAUACUAAGUACAAGCUUGAUGCACAUUACCUUAAAGAUGACCAUCACCCAGUUAAAAACCUAGGAGUUUUCAUAUCAAAUGAUCUAAGUGCCAAAGCCCACUGCAACUACAUAGCAAAAAAGGCUUUCAGAGUUGUAAACUUAAUCUUGCGUAGCUUCUUCUCCAAAAACACUACACUACUAACCAGAGCAUAUAAAACAUUUGCUAGACCAAUUCUUGAAUACAGCUCGACUGUCUGGAACUCACACCUCAUUUCUGACAUCAAUACAAUUGAAUGUGUCCAGAAAUAUUUUACAAGAAGAGUUCUCCAUUCCUCUGAAUACAGCAAAAUACCUUAUGCUACCAGACUUGAAAUCCUGGGUUUAGAAAAUUUAGAACUACGCCACUUUGACAUGACCUGAGUUUAACUCAUACAAUCAUCUAUUACAAUGUCCUUCCUGUCGAAGACUACUUCAGCUUCAAUUACAACAAUACACGAGCAAACAAUAGAUUUUAGCUUAAUGGUAACCGCUCCAAUCUUGAUUGCAGAAAAUAUGACUUCAGAAACAGAGCUGUUAAUACUUGGAAUACGCUACCUGACUCUGUGGUCUCUUCCCAAAAUCCCCAAAGCUUCAACCAAAAACUGUCUACUAUUGACCUCACCCCAUUCCUAAGAGGUCUGUAAGGGGCGUGCAUAAGAGCACAAGCGUGCCUACCGUUCCUGUCCUAUUCUUUCCUCUCAUUAUAUCCAAUUAAUAUAGUUAUUACAUACUCAUGCUUAUAUAUAUGCUUAUAUAUUGUAUAGUUAUUUCAUGCUUAUGCUUAUAUAUACUGUAAGAUAAUAAAUAAAUAAAUAAAUAAACCUUG